AUGUCUCGUUUAGAAGCUAAAAAGCCAUCGCUGUGUGAAAGUGAACCACUGGCAAGUGAGAGAUUCAGGACCACACUUUCUGUCUUUAAAGGAAUUGUAACAUCGUGCUAUGGCCCCACAGGUCGGCUGAAGCAGCUCCACAAUGGCUUAGGCGGCUCUGUAUGCACAACUUCACAGUCAUCAGCUCUGCUCUCUAAUCUUUCCGUCACCCAUCCUAUUUUAAAGAUCUUGACAACUUCCCUGCAAAAUCAUGUGUCAUGCUUCAGUGAUUGUGGCUUAUUCACAGCCAUUCUUUGCUGCAACCUAAUUGAAAAUGUUCAGAGAAUAGACUUGACACCCACCACUGUCAUCAAAUUAAAUAAGCAUCUUUUGAGCCUCUGUACCAGCUAUCUCAAGUCUGAGGUCUGUUGUUGUCGAAUCUCAGUUGACUUUAGUAGUACUCACCUGCUCCUUUGCUUGGUGCGUAGUAUAUUAACAAGUAAACCAGCCUGUAUGCUCAUCCAAAAGGAAGUAGACCACGUUAGUGCUUUGAUUCUGAAAGCCUUUUUGCUUACAAUUCCAGAAAAUGCUAAAGAUCACAUUAUUUUAGGAAAGAGUAUCAUUAUUCCUUUAAAAGGUCAAAGAGUUAUAGAUUCUACUGUAUUACCUGGAAUACUUAUUGAAAUAUCAGAAAUUCAAAUGAUGAAGAUAUUACCUAUCAAAAAAUCAGAUUCCUUCAAAGUGGCCCUCUUUUGUUCAUCUUUAUCUGGUGACCUUUCUGAUACUGCAGAAGGAACCGUGUUGGUCAGUUAUGGGGUUUCUCUUGAAAAUGCUGUACUGGAACAAUUGCUUAAUCUAGGAAGGCAACUAGUGAAUGAUCAUGUAGAUCUUGUCCUGUGCCAAAAAGUGAUACACCCAUCUUUGAAACAGUUUCUUAGUGUGCAUCAUAUAAUUGCCAUAGACAGAGUUGGACUGGCUCUUAUGGAACCCCUGAGUAAAGCAACAGGAACACAGCCUAUUGGUUCCCUGGACUCAAUCUCUCCUAGUAGCUAUGGAAGUGUGAAAGAUUUGCGCUCUGAAAAAUUUGGCUCCAAACAUUUUUUUCAUCUUCUUCCUAAUGAAGCAACUGUCUGCAGUUUGCUUCUCUGCAACAGAAAUGAUACUGUCUGUGAUGAGCUGAAGCGCACAUGCCAAACAGCACUGCAUGUUUUGCAGUUAACAAUCAAGGAACCGUGCGUUUUGUUGGGAGGUGGCUGUACUGAAACUCAUUUGGCUGCAUAUAUCAGAUACAAGAUUUGUAAUGAGCCAGAGAACAUUCUCAAAGAUAAUGGAUGUACUCAAAUAGAACUUCAACUAAUUGCUGAAGCAUUUUGCAGUGCACUGGAAUCUCUCGCUGGUUCUUUGGAACAUGAUGGAGGUGAUAUUCUCACUGAUAUGAAGUAUGGACACCUUUGGUCAGUUCAGGCAAAUUCUCCCUCUGUUAGUUGGCAAGACUUGCUUUCAAGAUGUGGCUGUGGACUAUACAAUAGCCAGGAAGAGCUUAACUGGUCUUUCUUAAGGAGUACUCACCAUUCUUUUAUGCCACAAACCUGCCUUCCACAUGAAGCUGUGAGAUCAACCAACAACCUAACCUUGGACUGUUUUGCUGCUAAGAUUAGCGGCCUACAAGUAGCUGUGGAGACUGCCAAUUUGAUUUUGGAUCUUUCAUAUGUCAUUGAAGAUAAAAACUGAUGUAAGAGAACACUGUGUUUAUAUUAUAAAAAAAAAAAAAGAAAAGCUGAAAAACCACUCAAAUGUCAAGAGAAAUACUGAGUAAAUUUGUUCUUUCCCAAAGCCUUUAUAAUUAGACAGGUGAUUCAUAAAAUUAUAGAUUCAUUUACUGAAGGAAAAAAGGUAUGAUUCUUAAAUAGAAAUACCAUAUAAUAAAAAUAUGAAGAUUUGUGAUGAAAGAUAUUGUAAUUAUCUUAGGGAUUCCAUACAUACCACUAUACAUUGUGUCCCUGGUAUUAUUUCCCCCUCUCCCCCACUGGUAUUAUUUUUUUAAAGAUUUUAUUUAUUUAUUUAUUUAUACAAGAACUGGGGUACAGGUCAGAGGCAUGGGAGGGUGAGAGAAUUCGCCAGAGAAAGAGCGGGGAGCAGAACAGGCAGACAGACCGAAGACACUGCCGAGGGAAGCAGCGGGUGAGGCAGGAGAGGUCUGCCAUGCCAUGUGGGUUUCUCCCUGGCUGGCUGGGAAUUGAACCCAUGCUGCAAAGGCUGGCACAGCUUCACAGUGCUGCGCUCAACCCACUGCACCACCGGGGAGGCCCACCACUGGUAUUAUUUUUGCAUCAUUUUUAAGAACAUACAGAAAUCUAUGCUCUAGUUAAGUUAUACUUACUAUAGAAUUUUUUAGUGAAUAAAGUAAUAGUAACUGCGUAUGUUUAAAGUACAAAAUUAAAUUCCAAAGUAUCAAAAAAAAUUCACUACAUAUUGCUCAAUCCAAAGAAGUGUUCAAAUUGCACAUUUAGUGUUCUUUGUCUGAGGCUAUGUCAUUCAGUGUUAGGUCAUUGUUGAAAGCUUUGUCUGGUUGCAAUUGCUAAUUUGUAUCACAGUUUUUAAUUUUUGUUAUUUUGAGAAAAUUUGUGAUUAGAAAUAAAAGUGGGUUUAUAUAGAUACUAAGGUAGAAACAAUUUCGUAUUGUCUUCACAUUUAAAGCAGUAGGAAAUACUAGUUGUUUUAGACCAGAGGUUCUCAGCCUUAGCACUAUUGACAUUAAAGACCAGAUAAAUAUCUGCUGUGCUGUGGCUGUCCUGUGCAUCACCAGAGGUUUAGCAGCAUUCCUAGCCAACAGACACUAGAGCACAGUCCACCUAGGAAAAAUCAAAAAUUUUUCUAGACAUAGACAAAAUUAUCUUUCGUUAUGAAGGAAAACAGCAUAGGGAAAGAGUGGAAGUUAUUUCUCCAGUUUAGUCAAUAGUGCAAAAACCAAAAACUAGAACAGCUCCUGUAAUUAAAGUGGAGAUACUGAUGUUUCACUAAGGAGUAUAAUUUGAAUUUUAUGCAAUAAAGAUAUGGUUAUAAAGUCUACAGGUUUAUGACUUACAAGAUUUCCUUAGCAAUAGCUUUUACUUCAGUGAAAAUUAAGAUUUUCUUUCUUAUAACAACAAAAGACAGAACAUGGACGGGAAAUGACAAGAACCUGGAACCUCUAUUUCCUACCAUAGAAUGGAACAGUACUGCAAGGCAGAAAACCUUUUCCCAGACCUCAAGUUAGAAAUUUUCAACAACACAUGAGAACUAUGACAUGAUCACAAAAAACCCUCCACAAGUUCAGAUUCAUAGCCAAACCUGAAAGUAACAGCACAAAAGACAAACAAAACAUGUCACAGAAGGAAAUAUUGAAAACAAAAUUUCAAGAGGGAAACCAAAUAAAAAGUGUAGCCAGAUUUUACUUGUCAAAAAAGAUUUAAGUGGGCCUCCCCUGGUGGCUCAGGCUGUUGAGCGCAGUGCUGUGAAGCUGUCCACAGCCUCUGCAGCACUGGUUCAAUCCCGGCCGGCCAGCGAGGGUCCCACAUGGCGAGGCAGAACUCUCCUGUCUCGCCUGCUGCUCCUCUCAGCAGUGUAUUUCGUCAGUCAGCCUGUCCUGUUCCCCGCUCUGUCUCUGGUGAAUCCUCUCACCCUCUGCGCAUCUGGCCUGUACCCCCGUUCUUGUAUUAAUAAAUAAAUAAAUCCUUUAAAAAAGAAGAUUUAAGAAAGAAAAUUCCUAAAAAUGUAAGUAAAAGUAGAAGAAAAUACCUUCUUUUGGGGAGCAAGAGUAAAGGCUGUGUGAGAAAUGAAAAUAAAUGGUUCAAUCAAUAUUGGAGACAAAAUUCUUAGCCAAGAGUAACCCAAGAAGUUAGCUUCACCAGUGUCCAAAUCUCACUUCCCAAAAGGUUAGGGACAGAAAAUUCCUACAUUAGUAAGACCAAGCAAUGAGGUUUAAAAACAAAGUCUUAAGGGACAAAUAGGAAAUGCAGAAAAUAAAUACCUUCUUGGAGUAAGCAAGCAAUAUUAAAAGAUAAGAUUUUUAAAUCCCCAAGUCACACUAAACUAGUUCAUACAGUUUCUCCCUUUUAUCCAUCUUAAAUUUAGAGAGAGAAAUAAUGAAAAGAUUUCUCACCACUUAUUUCCCAUUAGAUUUCUGCAGAGAGAAAGAACAGGAAUUUCACUUGAUCAAAAUCCUUACCUUCCUCACAAAUAUGUUCAGAAGUCCUAGUUCUCAUUCCCUGCGAUACAAACAGUUCCAUCCUGUUUAGUAGGGAUCCUGACUAGUUCCCCAAAUUGCAGGGCCUAAAGGAAAUCAUCUCCCAGAUUCCUCUGUGUUCUAGGCUGACAAAUAAUCAAACAAGUAUUAGACAAAUUGAUGAGAAAAAAGCAAAAAGAAAUUUAAUAAUAACAUGUAUUGCAUUUGAGGGGCCUCCCUGGUGGUGCAAGGGGUUAAGCACAGCACUAUGAAGCUAUCUGCAGCCAGUGCAGCACGAGUUCGAUUCCCGGACGGCCGGGGAGCUACCCACAUGGUGCAGCAGACCUCUCCUGUCUCACCCACUGCUCCCCUCAGCAGUGUAUUUCAGUCAGUCUGCCUGUUCUGUUCCCCACUCUGUCUCUGGUGAAUCCUCUCACCCCGUCCCCCACACACCUCUGGGCUGUACCCCUGUUCUUGUAUGCAUAAAUAAACUAAUCUUAAAAAAAUGUAUUCCACUUCCAUACAUGAGAGAAAUCCAACAUGAUGUAGUAAUUUAGUGACAUGAUCAUACAUAUGAAAUAGUUUAGCUGGGGCAGAAGAACUUUGGUGGGAAAAAGGGAAGGUCAGUUAGAGAAGUUAACAGAGGAGGCACAGUAGACAAAGAUAUGCAUAUUUAGGUUCUUCUUUUUCCAUUGACAAAGGAUAAAGAGAUUAAGUCCUUCAUGCCUUACAGAAAGAAGUUUUCAUGUUAAUAUCUUUCUCAAAAGUAUCCUGCACCCAGCCUUUAGAGCUUCAUGAAAUCAAGCUUUUGCCAAAAAGUUUUGUCUUGAGGUGACAGGUUUUUGCUCCCCUACAGAAACACCAUUGUCAUAGAUCAGGUCAUCUUGGGGGUCAGGAGGGGGUGUGGGUAUGAUUAAAUAAUUUAGAAUUUACAUGGGAUGAAUUUGACAGGGGAGGAGGUUAAGGGAAGGUGUUUAUGUUCACAUACUUUGAAAUGUUUUUAAAAUGCACACUUUCUCCCAUCUGCAUGCCCUUCUUAACUCUUAGCCAAGAGCAGUGCACCUGAACAAGAUAAUAUGUGGUUUCAAGAAUAUUCAUCCACCCAUAGUAGAAAUUCCUCCUCCUUUUUUUUCAUCAGAUAGAAAAAUUAUUGAGUUCAUCUAACUAUAGAAAUACAGCAUAAACUGGAAUUAAAAACACAAAGUAUUGCAUCCUCCCUGGUGGCACAAGGGGUUAAGCACAGCACUAUGAAACAAUCUGCAGCCACUGCAGCCCGAGUUUGAUCCCUACCCAAGGAGCUACCCACAUGGUGCAGCAGACCUCUCCUGUUUUGCCCGCUGCUCCCCUCAGCAGUGUAUUUCAGUAUACCUGCCUGUUCUGCUCCCCACUCUGUCUCUGGUGAUCCUCUCACCCCCCCACUCUGCACCUCUGGCCUGCACCCCAGUUCUUGUAUACAUAAGUAAAUAAAUCUUAAAAAAACACAAAGUAUCAAGUAAAGUUAUGCAAAAUAUAUAAGAUACCUAUCAUUUAUGAGAGAAAUAAAAAUAAAGUUCAUAUUAUUAACAACUAACAUAAAUCACUUCUGCAAUGAACAGAAAUUCUCCUACUUCCACUCACUUCAUCAUUUCCUAAUCUCUCUUGCUUUAAAAUAUACCCAGAGGAAUAACAGGUACAAGAGUGUUGUCAGCUAGUAUCAGCUUCAGUGACAAAGAAGGACUAGAGGAGUAUGUGGAACUAAAUUUAGCGUCUGCUUUGAAAGCCUAAGUUUAGAAACCACAGGACUUGGUUUAAAUCAUUUUCAGGCUCAGAAACAUAGAGGUAAAAAUCAUCAGUGACAGGUAUUUGUCCAAAGCAGAACAUUUUUAAAAAGGGCUGACAUUUUCUAAGUGAAAUGUGCUUCUUGAGUGGUUUAGAGUAUUUCAAACCAAUUUGCUCAAAUCGUGGAGUUUUAUUGCUGGGAAUUUACUCUUUUUUUCAUGAAAAUGUAUAAUGAAGAUUUAUCAUUCUAUGGAUGAGACAUUUCCCCCCUGCCCUAAUCGCAGUUAUGAAAUGUCAAAAUGAACCAAUCUUUCAUUGCUAUCUGUUGUGGAAGAGGAUUAUAACUAUGAAAGUUUAAAAUAUAACAAACGAGAAACCAAGAAAUUUUGUUGGGCAGGGCCCUCCAGUCAUCUAAAUCAGCCCUGUUGUUCAAAAAAUAAACCAGAAGCCAAAAAGAUGGCAGAUCUUGUUCAAGGUUUAAUGACUUUGGGAGCUUAUGGGAGAGCUUACAGAGAGACCUCUGCUAGGAAUGGAGUCCAGGCCUGCAGUUCUCCAAAUACAUUCACUCUUUUGGAUGCUUUCCAUUUUUAUUCAGAAGAUACAUGAACAGGACAUUUCCUGCAUCCUGCAGCAAAGUUUCAUUCAUAGGAUAUCAUCCCUGUAUAGCAAUUACCUGUUGCUGCAAAACCAACCACUGCAUAUUUGUUGGUAUAAAACAGCAACAAUCAUUUAUUCUUCUUAUUACCGCUCAUGAUUCUAGGUACUCACUAGACUUAGCUAUACCCUUCUCCACUGGGGGUUUCUGUCACAGUCAGAUGGCAGCGUGGGCCAGAAUCCUCUUGAAAUCUUCCUCACUUUCAUGUCUAGUGAUGACUGCUGCUCUCUAUUGGAACCUCAGCGAUACAUGUUAUUUAGAACACCUGCAUAUGCUUCUCCAUGUAGCUCUGACUUUUCAAAUAGCCUAGUGUCUAGAUUUCUAGAAGAGUCUAAGAGAAACAAGGAAAAAUUGCAUUGCCUUUUAUGACCCACCGUCAGAAGUCCUUAGCAUUCCUGUCACUGUAGUCAAAGUAAGGGGUGCUGGGGUUAAGGAGGACAUAUAACACAGAGCUUCUAUGUUCUCCAUGGAAUCUGAGUGUGCCACCCUCCCUUCACAUCAAUGUAGUCACAAAUCAGGAAACUCCACUGAGUUUCAGAGCAAUAGUUAGUUACCCACAUUUCAGUAAGGGGAGAGAACAGUCUCCAUGUCUCCCUGGGGUGAGCAUAAGAGGAAUAUGGAAUGGGAGAUAAUAUUAAAGUCAUUUUGGAAAAUACUAUAGGUCACACUGUGUUAUAAUGGAGACUCUAUCUGAAUUUUGUCCCGUUUCAAACAGAGCUCAGAAAGCCUUAGAAUUGACUAUGAUAAGAGUGUUUAAUUAUGCUAAUGAGGCAACUCUUAAUGGGAUCCUACUUAGCUUCAUAGGGGCUGAUCACCAGAAAGACCAGCCAUAUGAUUUGAAGGUUGGAACUUUGGACCAACCUGACCUCCUGGAGUGAGCGGGCAUUGGAAAUUGAGUUAAGUCAUAUAGCAAUGCUUUAAUCAAUCAUGCCCAAGUAAUGAAACUCCAGUAAAAAUUCUAAGCACUCAGCAAAUUAGUUCUUCAGAGGGAAAAAAACAAUAUGAAAUAUCUGAAAUUAUUCCUAUAUGUAUAUCUUUUCCUAUUUUUUAAAAAGAGUUAUUUAUGCAUACAAGAACUGGGGUACUGGCCAGAGGUGUUGGGGGUGAGAGAAUUCACCGGAGACAGAGCAGGGAACAAAACAGGCAGGCUGACUGAAAUACACUGCUGAGGGGAGCAGCAGGCAAGUCAGGAGAGGUCUGCUGCGCCAUGUGGGUAGUUCCCUGGUUGGGGAUCAAACUCAUACUGCAGCGGCUUUGGAUAGCUUCAUAGGUUACAUCUUAACCCCUUAUGCCACCAGGGAGGCCCUUUGCCUAUUUUCUGUAAAUAGAUAUCUCUGUCCUUAUAGAGAAAGAUUGCCUAGACAGAUAUCCUAUAAGGAGUUAACUCAUGUUAUUAUGGAAUCUAAGAAGUCCAAAUUCUGCAGUUAGCCAGUUGGAGACCCUGGAGCUAAAGUUUCAGUACAAGCCCUAAUCCAACAGCAGGAGAAGAUUAAUGUCUUAGCUCAAAGACAGGCAGAGAGAAGGGAUUCUUUCUUACUCAGGUUUUUAUUCUAUUCAGGCCUUCAGUGGAUUGGCUGUAACUUACUGACAUUUUGGAGGGCAACCUGCUUUACUCAGUCUAUCAACUCAAAUGUCAAUCUCAUCCAGAAACACUUCACGUGCACACACCCAGACAUGCUUAACAAAAUAUUGGACACCCCACGGCACACUCAACUUGACACACAAAAUUAACUAUUGCUCUGAAGCUCAGUGGAGUUUCCUGAUUGUGAAUACAUUGAUGUGAAGGGAAGGUGGCACGUUCAGAUUCUGCGAAGAAAGAACGAAGAAGUUCUGUGUUACCUGUCACUCUUAUUCUCAGUCACCCCUUUGACUUUGCACCAUUUGUCUCUCUGGUUGUUUCCUAGUGGUAGUGUUUAUAAUAAUACUGUAAUUGUAAGUGCUGCACUUUGAGUUCUGUGAAUCAUUCUAGCAAAUUAUUAAACCUGAGGGUUCAUGGAAUCCCUCAAUUUGUAACUGGUUGUUCAGAAUUAAAGAUGUCCCGGAGAUCCCAUUUAUUACUAGCAUCUGAAGUGGGGGCAUCAAGUGAAGAAUUAGUCCUUAACCUGGGGGAUUUGCAUUAAUUCUAAGUAGUGUCAGAAGUGAGUUGUGGGGCACUCAGUCGAAGUCACAGAAUUGGCGUCAGUCACACCUUUCGACAUUGGUUCUGCUACAGUUACCAAAUUGCCUUUUAUGUUCUAAUUCUUAUUUGUCUUAAAGGUGAAUUUUAAAUACGUAUUAACAAGCGACUCCACAUGCUGCAGAUACAAAAUGUUCAGGAAGCUCUCUAUUUAUAUCUCCAAGUCUCUCUAUUUUCCAUUUUUCCCCAAUUCCCUAGAUACCCAGUGAAUAUUUGUAAUUUCCA